AAUGUACAAAAAAAAUAUCGAGAAAACAACCUCAACGAAAAGCAUUUGUCCAACAGUUGAAGCCCAGUGGCCACCAUAUCUCCGCCACCUCUGCUUCGUUACCCGCCUCUCUGUUACGCAUAUCACUCAUCGGAGCGUCCUCUACUGCAGUGCCAUCGAGCUUCCAUUGCCAUCUGCUACGCACUUAAAUUUUGGAGGUGCGAAAUGAAAGUGAGGGUUGUGUGUAGGAAACUUUACGACUACGUACGCUAUGAUCUCAAAGAAAUUGCUUUUCCUUCCUCUUUGCCCGAUCCUCCUAAUCUUAAAAAGCGCCGUAAAUUGACCUGGGAGCAGCGUAUCGGGGUUUUGAAAAGAGCUACCAGCCUUUAUGCUGCUAGUUGGGUUCGUGACAUUGGUCCCGAUCUUCGGCCAAAUGAUUAUAAGACGGAUGAAAUGACCGAUGAACCUACUAAUGCUCUAAAGAAACCAACUAAAGAUAAAGAGUCCUCAAUGCUAGAGGAUCUCGCUGUAGCUGCUAGAGGGGGUAUGGAGACUCUCAGACCUGCUUUACAGCGUGUGUAUAUGAUCAGAGUUUCUGGAUACAGAGAUGCUAUGAAGAGUUUUAUAGAGGGAUACCAAGAGGGUGUUCAGCAAGCACUGGAGAAGAAAGAAACUUCCGAAACUGAAGAAGAUGCUGAUGCAUCAAAAAAAUCUACUUGAAUUCCUUCUCCUGCUGACCCACCGAUCAUCUAGAAUCAGGCUGCAGUUUUGCAGAAAUUAGUGUCUGUCCCUGUUAGUUCAAGGGUUUGAAUGUACAUCGCACUGACAGAUAUAAUUGGAUAUUCCAAAUUAGUGUAUUUUGGGUACUAAAUAUCUUGUGGUAUCACCUAGUUUUGUUUUUGCAAUUUUUUGUCUUGCAAAGUUUUAAGUUGUCUGUGCUUAUUUGUGAUGCUAAUAGUAUAUUUGUUCAGAAAAUGGUAGCAUACUAGCAUUAGCAUAAGUUGAUGCCGUGCUUCUUUAGCAGCUAUACUAAACGGUAUAUUUAGGUCUUUAUAUUGUGAUUUUGAUCUUGUAAUCAAUGGUUGCUGUAUAUUUAGGUCUU